GAGUAAUCCUGUUCUGUAGCUGCAGAUAUCAGUGCACACAUCACAUUCCUGCGCACUCAAUGAGGAAGAUGGAGGUCACCGCGCGCUGGGCUGUUCUGUUGUCGCUUUUUCUCCUCUCUCACAUCCUAAUUGGAGUUCACACGCAGGAGGAGGAGGAGGUGCAGGAGGAGGUGCAGGAGGAGGAGCAGGAGGAGGAGCAGCAGGAGGUGGUUCAGACCUGGACGGGGACGGUGAAAGCUUGCACUUGUGACUGUGAAGGAGGGGACUCGCCCACGGGGACACCCCCCGCCGUGUCACCUGUUCUGGCAACCGUGCUGGCCCCCUCUUCCCCCCUGGGGAGCCCGCUGGAAUGCAUGCCUGAGUGUCCCUACCACAGGCCCCUAGGCUUUGAGGCCGGUUCCUUAACAGACGAGCAGAUCACAUGCUCCAACGGUGACCAGUACAUCGGCUGGUACUCCUCCUGGACCCCUGGCAAGGCCCGGCUCAACAACCAGGGCUUCGGGUGUACCUGGCUGUCCAAGAUCAACGACAACAGCCAGUGGAUCCAGAUUGAUCUGAGGGAGGUGGGCGUGGUGUCCGGCAUCAUCACCCAAGGCCGCUGUGACGCGGACGAGUGGGUGACCAAGUACAGCGUCCAGUACCGAACCGUGGAGAACCUCAACUGGAUCUACUACAAGGACCAGACUGGCAACAACAGGGUCUUCUACGGCAACUCGGACCGCUCCUCGUCCGUGCAGAACCUGCUGCGCCCGCCCAUCAUCGCCCGCUACGUCCGUCUGCUGCCGCUGGGCUGGCACACCCGCAUCGCCCUGAGGAUGGAGCUGCUGAUGUGCAUGAAUAAGUGCACGGUCUGAACGAGUGUACGCUUCUGAAAAAAGGGUUCACCUGGCCCGCUUCACCCCCCACCACCCCCCCUGCCACCUCCCAUACACUUGCCAAAAGGGGGACACCGACCAGCACUGUUCAGAUCCAGUGUGGGAGACCUCUGGCGCAGACGUCAUUUCUGCUUGUUCCUCUUGUGUCCUCGUGGGCCUAAUAGUGUGUUUUUCUUCAGAUGAUCUUUAUGUUCUCUUCUGUACAUUUGUAUUCCCCCCCCCCCCCCCAUUUAGCUAAAGGUAAAAAAUAUUUACACUUGACAGACUGGAUGUCAUGUAAUGCUUUGCGCUGUCUGUGUCUGCCUGUGAAUCAGCAUGGCUGACUGAAUUAACUGUGGGGUAUCCUGUUACGGUACAAAAACUGCUGCACUGAAUUCCUCUCCACAGUGGGGCCUCCUGUUCCCUACCCUUUAAUUCUAGAAACACUUUGAUCGUAUAAAUCUGGGCAUUCAUCAAAGCCACGGGGGGGAGGUCAACCAGACAAAUGCAAUGUCCUCUUAUCGUGAAAAGAUACAUUUUAAAUGCAUUGAUAAGUUGGCAAACAAGUGGACACGAACGCAACUGACAGUUGAUUUGUUUUAUUUGACAUGUUAUUGACUGUAAACAAUGUAAACAUUACUAUUCUAUAGGAGCUAAACUGUCUUUCUGGUGGUGCUGUUCCCGUGGAAACCCUUUUAGGAACAAAAGCUGAUAAAACGUUAACUAUGCUACCAAUUCGUGUCUGUAAUAAAAGCACAAACAUAGGA